UCAAUCGGCACGUUUUAAAUCAAAAAAUACAAAGUUGCCAAGAACAAUCCCAAGAGGGGUUUAAGGCUGACUGAAAUUGGAAUUGAAAUAGUUACAUGAGAAGCAGGGAUUAUAAUGGGAGAACCCAGUAACGGCUACGACAGUAGCAGUGGGGAGGAAGAUGGAGAUGCCACGUGGAGGUCGGCCAUCGAAUCCGUUGCCGGAACUACCAGCUACAUCUCUUCUUUCAUGAAUGGCUUUUCCUCUUCCUCCAAAGUGAAGUUACCCGCCAAAACCAGUUAUUCGAACGACGAUCGACAGCAGAAACCCCAAACUCAGAAGAUUAAGCACUACCAAGUCAAGGCACAAACGCUUUUGAAUGACAUCUUAGAAAAUACAUUAGAGGUUGUGAAACAACCUGUCCCCGUCCUGGAUGAGGAUCCCGACAUCCCUGAAGGUGGCAUCCGUUUAUUUAAACAUGCUAAGCCUGGAAUAGUGUUUGAUCAUGAGGAUGAGCCCCAACCACUAAGAAGAAGACCUAGAAUACUUCCUGGAGAAGAUAUUGAUGAGAAAUCGAAGAAGUUUAAACGGCAGAUUCAGUCUGUUGCUGUCAAUGGGAGAGAUAUUUUAGCUUCAGCAGAAGAUGCAUAUCGGAAGGCAUUGGCUAGACUAGAAGCUAGAGAUGCAGCAGCAAAGGCUGCCUCCAAGAGAGAAAAGGAAAGAGUUGAGAAGUUGAAAAAGGUUAGGGGAGAGAGAUGGUUACCUUCCAUGGCCAGGGACAUGCAGCUUGGGUAUAAACACUGACAAUGGCUUAUAUUCAAGUUCAUUCCGUGUUGGAGCUAGUGUGAUUACAAGAGAAAUUGGAGGAUAAAGAAUUGUGGAAUGGUUCAAAUUAGUGAAAUUAAAUGAAAGACGUAAUGAAAUUACAAUUUCGUUCUGGCUGAAAAUGCAAUAGAAUCGGUGUACUGUGUUUGAACUGGGAAUUAUCAGUGUGGGAAAUUUGUAGGAGUUGCUAUCUUCCCUGAACACAUACAGACGCUUGAACGCCAGUGUCCGCCAUUGAGGAUUUACGCUUGCAACAUCAUUAAAAACCUUGUGGAGUUUGCAUAUGUGACAUGUUUAUUUGGGGAUCUCUUUUCAAGCAUACUCUUUUCUAGUUUAAAUUAUAAAACAUUUUUUCUUAGCUCA